CCACCGAAUGUGAAAAUGUAAAGAAACGCAGACGAAUUACUUGAGAAAUAAUUCCAAAUCUAUCCCUGCAAGUUUAUAUCGUUAAUUUCGUCCGAGAAAGCUCCAAAUUUCAACCGAACCAGAAGAACGAGAAGAGAUGAUAGAACAAGAAAAAUUUCUCCAUUAACAUGCAUGCCUUAACUCCUUCUCAAAUGUUGCUUUCUCUUUCUCCAAUUUUCCCAUUUCUUCAACCUUCUUCACGCCUCCAUUACCAAAACCAAACCACUUGUUCAAUUUCCAUACCUAGAUGCAGAAUCCACCAUAGAAUCUACACCAAUAGAAAUCAGCAUGAGGGCAAAGGAAGAGGUAGCAAUAGAAUAACUGUAAUUGUAAAGGCAAGGCGUGGCGAGUCUCCGUAUGAGGUUUUGGGAUUGUCUCCUUCCGCAUCUGUGGUUGAUAUCAAGAAAGCCUAUCGGAAACUCGCUCUCAAGUAUCAUCCUGAUGUUAAUAAAGAGAUUAAUGCACAGGAGAAAUUUUUGAGAAUAAAACAUGCAUACAAUACGUUGCUAAAUUCUUCGCGCAGAAAGUAUGAUUCUGGAAAUCGUGGUUCUAAUUCUUCUCAAAGAAGCCAAAGAUGGAAUCCACAAACUGAAGAAGAGUUUUAUGGAUUAGGUAAUUUUUUGAGAGAUGUUGAAAUAACAAUAGGAGACUUCUUUAAGGAUCUUCAAGAAGAAUUCAGGAACUGGGAAGCCAGUGCGGCUUCACAAGGAAAACCAAAGAGCCUAUGGGAGGAAUUGGCGGAAAUUGGAGAAGAGUUUGUUGGGUUCCUUGAGAAAGAACUCAAUAUGGUUGAUCCAAAUGACAAUCCUCAAGGAGGAAAUCCAUCUAAUUUAUAUGGCACAGAGACACCGAGCAACAGGACUCAAGGUGAAGCUAGCAAGGAAAACAAAAGCGUUGAGGAUAACCUCGAUGAAAUAGAAGCUGCUCUUGCCAAGUUAAAAAAGGAGUUAGGUUUAUAGAAGAAAAAAAUGAUAGUUGGUUGAAGCUCAGAUGCCAAUUUAUUGCCUCUGAUUUAUUUAUUAUCUUUUGGUGGCUCCUGCUAGCAAAAUUGAGUCACCUAAUUGAGGAGUAAAUAUGUAUGUAACUUAGUCAUUGAAAUUGUAGGAAUGCAUUAUAGUCUUCUAUAUCA